AGUUCAGUACGGCCACAAUAAAAGUUCUGAAUUAUUUUUUACAAAAAAGUUACAUACUGCUUAACUAACAUGGCUGAUCAACUUAACGAAGAACAAAUCGCUGAAUUUAAAGAAGCUUUUAGUUUAUUUGACAAAGAUGGUGAUGGAACAGUUACUACUAAGGAAUUGGGUACAGUCAUGAGAUCACUUGGUCAAAAUCCAACUGAAGCUGAAUUACAAGAUAUGAUAAACGAAGUCGAUGCUGACGGUAAUGGAACCAUAGAUUUUCCUGAAUUUUUAACCAUGAUGGCUAGGAAAAUGAAUGACGUUGAUAGCGAGGAGGAAAUUCGUGAAGCAUUCCGUGUUUUUGAUAAAGAUGGUAAUGGAUUUAUCAGUGCUGCUGAAUUACGACAUGUUAUGACAAAUUUAGGUGAGAAAUUAACAGACGAAGAAGUAGAUGAGAUGAUCCGAGAGGCUGACCUGGAUGGCGAUGGACAAGUGAAUUAUGAAGAAUUUGUCAAAAUGAUGACCAAUAAAUCAUAAAUUCAGUUAAAAAAGACACAAACAGUGCCAUUGUGUUAUUCUGUGAUACAACUUUCUAUCGUUUAAUUCAUAUUAUAUUACUUGGAACUUUGAAUUGGUUCAUAUAUAAUGAUAUAUUUGUAAAUAAAUAAAAGUGAAAUUGUGAAAUUGUCAGUAAAUAAAACUUUUUCAAAUGUAA